CCCGGGCUGCCUUUCCCUUCCCUGGCCUCCUUCCCCUCCUGGUGCCGCUAUCCUCACCGUGCCCCCCUUUGUCCUUAGUGCCGCUAACCCCCCCCGUGCCCGCCUUUCCCCCCGGUGCCACCAUGCCGGGCCCACCCUGCGGGUCCCUGCUCGACUACAAGACUGCCAAGUUCUCGCUGACGCGGAACCGGCGGGUGGGGCUGCUGCACCGGCUGCUGCAGCUGAGCGCGCUUGGCUACCUGCUGGGGUGGGUGCUGCUGCUGCGGAAGGGCUACCAGGAGCGCGACACAGCCCCGCGUGUCGCCGUGGUCACCAAGGUGAAGGGGGCGGCGGUCGCCGAGGCCGCGGGCCGGCGGCUCUGGGACGCUGCGGAUCUCACCUGGCCCCCGCAGGGAGAAAAUGUGCUUUUCCUGGUGACCCAUUUCAUCGCCACAAUCCAGCAAGCCCAAGGCACCUGCCCCGAGAGCCCCUCUGUCCUCGACGGGAUGUGCACAGAAGAUGCAGAUUGUCCUGUGGGAAACCCUGUGGUUCAUGGCAAUGGGAUAAAAACUGGGAAAUGUUUGAUGUUCAAUGCCACCCAUUCCACCUGUGAGAUCUAUGGCUGGUGUCCUGUGGAGAAUAGCACCCUGCCCAGGAAACCUCUUCUGGCUGAGGCAGAGAAUUUCACUCUUUUUAUAAAAAAUACUGUCCACUUCACCAAAUUUAACUUCUCCAAGUGCAACACCUUACAAACCAGUGACCCCAGCUAUUUCAAGAGCUGCACAUAUGAUCCAAUCUUCAACCCCUCCUGCCCUGUGUUCCGUGUCCGUGACAUGGUGGAGGCAGCUGGAGAGAACUUUGGAGACCUCGCACUACUGGGGGGAAGUAUCAGAGUCCUUAUCGAGUGGAACUGCGACCUGGACCACGCUGCUACCCAGUGCCAACCACAGUAUUCCUUCAGCCUGCAGGACAUGAGGUACAAUUUCAGGCUACAAUGGUCUGUGACCUGGUUCUGCUCUACCUGGAUGCAAAGGCUGACCUUUAUUGGAAGGAGAAGUUUGAGGAGGCAAGACCCCCUAAAGGUAAGCCUGAGGCCACAGCUUAGGGGCACCGGGAAUGCUCCACCACAAACACCCUUCCCCCCAGAGCCACCUGCAGGUAGAUAUGAUGGGGACAUGGCUGCAGCCCUGGUAGAGGUGGGCCAGUCCUGGCCCAGGUGGGCACUGCCAGGGUGAGGGUCUGCCUUUCCUGGAGAAGCACUGGCAGCAGCAGCAGUUCUUGGCUCCUGGAGCACAAAGCCAUCCCAAGGGCAGCUCCCAGCGCUGACAACCGGUGCUGGAGCAGAGCUGCCCAUGGAGCUACCCCAGAGUGUGCUGGGUCCCACUGGUCCUGCUUGGCACAAGAGGCUUAAAGCAUUUUGCAUUUCUCCACAUUCCAAUGAUCAUGGAUAUUGAUUUCCCUUGAAAAACAGGGAUGCAAUGGAAUAAAGCUCUU